CGUGCUUCCUACUUCUAGACAUGCCAUCUAUUUAAGCAGCACAAACUACCUUAUUCCCUUCAACACAAACCUCCACAAACUAAACCUCUCUUUUCUCCAUAAAGCUCCUUCUUCUUCUUCUUCUUCCUUCUCAAAACUCAUUCUUCUUCUCCUCAAUUACCAUCAAACCAUGGAUUUUCACUCAGUUUCAGAGGACAAAUGGUGGGCUAUUUUCACCCUUCCCGCUGUUCUUCAGUCCCAAAACUUACUUGACUCAAGGAUUUUGCUCUUCGCUAUUGUGCUUUCAUUCUUAGCCACUGGGCUAAUUACCUGGGCCUUUUCAUCUGGAGGUCCAGCAUGGAAAGAUGGCCGGAACGAUUUUGGCCAUGUUCCGAUUCCCGGUCCCCGUGGCCUUCCUAUUUUCGGCAGCUUAUUCAGCUUGAGCCAUGGCUUGGCUCACCGCACUCUGGCUUGCAUGGCCGCUUCCUCGGGCCGUCAAGCCUCUCAGCUCAUGGCUCUCAGCUUGGGCUCGACGCCCCUCGUGGUGGCUUCCGAGCCUCAAACGGCUCGCGAAAUCUUGACAUCACCUCACUUCGCCAACAGGCCCAUCAAGGAAUCGGCUAAACAGCUCAUGUUUAGCCGAGCCAUUGGGUUCGCUCCGAACGGAGCUUACUGGCGGCUCCUGAGGAACAUAGCCUCAACCCAUUUGUUCGCACCCAAGCGCAUAUUAGCCCAUGAAGCUGGUCGUCAACUAGAGUGCGCCACCAUGCUAGAAGCCAUUGGUAAAGAACAAUCCUUCAAGGGUUUCGUAGGGCUCAGAAAGCAUCUUCAAGCAGCUUCAUUGAACAACAUAAUGGAAAUUGUUUUCGGAAAGCGUUACGAAGUGACGCCGUUUAAUGAAGAGGCUAAAGAGCUUAAUGAAAUGGUAAGAGAAGGGUUUGAGCUAUUGGGAGCUUUUAACUGGUCGGACCAUUUACCUUGGUUGAAAUAUUUCUAUGACCCCUUUCACAUCAACCAACGUUGUUCGAGUCUGGUUCUUAGAGUUAAGAAACUUGUUGCGAAGAUUAUUCAAGAACAUCGUGACGAAAAUGGACGAAGGAGCUCAAAGAUCAAUUCAGAUGAUUGGGACUUUGUUGAUGUGUUGCUGUCGUUAGAAGGUGAAGAGAAGCUCAAUGAGGAUGACAUGGUUGCUGUUCUAUGGGAAAUGAUAUUUCGGGGCACAGACACAACGGCACUCCUUACCGAAUGGAUCAUGGCCGAGUUAGUUCUAAACCCGGAUGUCCAAGCCAAGCUUCUCAAAGAGGUGGAAACUGUUGUGGGACCCAACAAGUGUGUCACCGACGCUGAUGUGGCUAGGAUGCCCUACCUCCAGGCCGUGGUGAAAGAGACAUUACGAUUGCAUCCACCAGGACCUCUCUUGUCGUGGGCCCGUCUAUCCACGUCGGAUGUCCAGCUCAGCAACGGGAUGGUGGUCCCGGCCAACACAGUGGCCAUGGUUAACAUGUGGGCGAUUACCCACGACUCUAACGUCUGGAAUGAUCCGUGGGAGUUCAAUCCCAACCGUUUCAUGCCAGACGGUGGAUGCAAUGUUGAUGUGAGGGGAAAUGACCUGAGACUUGCGCCUUUCGGAGCUGGACGUAGGGUUUGUCCCGGCAAAACCCUAGGAAUAGUGACGGUGAGCCUCUGGGUGGCUAAGUUGGUUCAGAAUUUCAUGUGGGCUGAAGACAAAUCUCAGCCAGUUGAUUUAACUGAAGUGCUCAAGCUUUCAAGUGAGAUGAAGACACCACUCUCUGCUGUGAUAGUUCCAAGAGGGCUAUGCCUCAUUAAUUAAUCAAAAAAAGCAGCACACUACUAUUAAUCGAUUAAUAUAAAUAUUUAACUGCAAUAAAUAAUUUGGAACCCCCAAUUAUGCUAAGCUAUAAGUUAUUUUUUUACAUUUAAAUGUAACAGUUUAUGUACUUUAAUUUCCAGUUAAUGUAGAGGUGGCACUAGCCUCCCAUGUAACGAUUUCUUGUUCUUCUUUCGCUAAUUGUCCUGGCAUGGGAUUUAUAUAUAUAGAUAUAUAUAUGUAAUGAAAUAAUUCAUGUUUAUGCCUA